UGUUCGUCUGAACGCUUGCUUUUGCAUGGAUGUGACGUUGGGCUUUUUACGUUUGUAUUUUAUUAUACGGCGAACGUCAGUUCCGUAGAACCUGGAUUGAGUCUAGCUGGGGCUGGAUCGUCAGGGAUGCUGCGGUACUGAAAUCGAUGAUGCUCUGUUCGUGGUGCUGAAAUCUCUUGCCCUCUCUUUCUUUCCUCCCGUCCCACCCACCCAUCCUCUCUUCCUCUCCCUCUCUCUCUCUCUCUUCCUUCCUUCUCUCACACGCACAAACCCUCUGUCAUGGCGUCUUCCAACAAUGUUACCCCCACCAACUGUAGCUGGUGGCCCAUAUCAGCCAUGGAUGAAGACGGCAAAGUCGCAGACGACGAGGAGAGCCAAGACCCCACCACGGAUUCCAAACCCUUCUCGAAAGACAGGCUCGUGCUGUAUCACUGGACGCAGUCAUUUAGCUCCCAAAAGGUCCGGCUGGUCAUCAAUGAGAAGGGCUUGCUGUGCGAUGAGAGGGAUGUGAGUCUGCCAAUGACGGAGCAUAAGGAGCCGUGGUUCAUGAGGCUGAAUCUGGGCGAGGAGGUGCCCGUCCUCAUCCACGGAGACACCAUUGUCAGUGAUUACAACCAGAUCAUCGAGUACCUCGAGACUAACUUUGUGGGAGAGACGGUGGCCCAGCUGAUCCCUGAUGUCGGGACGCCCCUCCAUGAGCGUGUGCUCCAGUACCGGGAGCUGCUGGACGGCCUGCCCAUGGAUGCCUACACCCACGGCUGCAUCCUGCACCCUGAGCUCACCACUGACUCCAUGAUCCCAAAGUACGCCACCGCUGAAAUACGUAGACACCUGGCCAAUGCGGCAUCAGAGCUGAUGAAGCUGGAUCAUGAGGAGCCUCAGCUGACGGAGCCUUACCUAUCGAAACAGAAGAAGCUCAUGGCCAAGAUCCUGGACCAUGACAAUGUGAACUACUUGAAGAAAAUCCUUGGGGAACUAGCCAUGGUACUAGAUCAGGUAGAAGCUGAGCUGGAAAAAAGGAAAUUGGAAUAUCAAGGCCAGAAGUGCGAGCUGUGGCUUUGUGGACCUGAGUUUACCCUAGCUGACGUUUGUCUAGGAGCCACGUUGCACCGGCUCAAAUUCCUGGGACUCUCCAAGAAAUACUGGGAAGACGGGAGCCGGCCCAACCUGCGGUCCUUUUUUGAGCGCGUGCAGAAACGCUACGCCUUCCGCAAGGUCCUAGGAGAUAUCCACACCACCCUCCUGUCGGCAGUCCUACCCAACGCUUUCCGGAUGGUGAAAAAAAAGCCUCCAUCCUUCUUUGGGGCGUCUUUCCUCAUGGGCUCCCUGGGCGGGAUGGGGUACUUCGCCUACUGGUAUUUAAAAAAGAAAUACAUGUAGUGACGGCCCUCCUGUUGUGUUCAGUGUCUGUGUAUGUGUGUGAUGUUUCAACCUUUUCUGUAAAACAAUGUUUUACGACAGCAGCAGCAUACAACGUAAAGUGACAUAUAAAGACACUAUUACUUACCUGGGCAAACAAAGUAAAAUAAGAACAUUCCGUAGCAAGGAAUUUGUCACAGCGCUUCUUUUUCUGGUGAAUUAAUGCCUUCAUUUGUUCAACUGCUGGCUCACUUUCAGGUUUACUUUUUACUCACUGGUUUCUUGGUUCACCUUCAGCCCAUUUUUGGAGGAAAUUGUUAGGCAACUCGUUCUGUAGUCGGUGAUGCAAUCACCUUUUUUUUUAAAAAAAAAAAAGUCACAAAAGCAGCUUUUUGCUGUUCAUGAUACGUUUUUGACAUGUGCUGAAAACAUUACUGUAGUCCCUUUCUCCUACGCUUUAUGUUUUAGGCAUUCACCUCUCGCUCACUCCUCCAGCCCCACUCGACUGUCUCAUAGAAACCAGGGGAUUAAUGUAAGGCUGUGACUUUAUAACACUUCUCUGGCUGCCAGAUAGUACUGCCAGACACAACUAAGACUAGUGAUGUAUAGACUGACACACUCGUACAAGACCUCCAUCAAGACCACUGCAUGUGUGAUGUAACAGUGUGACACAAAUCCACACAGUAUCCAUUAGUAGAAUGUAAUACAAAUUAAAAAAAAAAA